AUGAUGACAAACUUUAGCAGUAAGGCUGUCGAGAUGGCAGAGGAUGAGGUUCAGUAUGCUUCGGUUACUUUCAAAAGCAAGAAACGGCAAACAGCUAAAAACCAGGAGGAAGUUGUGUAUGAUGAAGUGAAGAUACCAAGUCAAACAGCUCAGCAGACAUCUGACACAAAGGGACUUUUAUCAGAUGAAGAGAAAAGAAGAUUUUGCCGGUAUAAGAAGUUGGCUUGUUGCUUUGGGAUUCUGUGUGUGAUUUUGGUCUUGGCCAUGUUUGGAGUCUUUGCAUUUCUUUACAAGAGCAAACUGAACCAGCUGGAAAUCAACCAAACAGCCAUACUGCAGGAAAACAACCUGACACAACAAAAAAACAACCUGACAACAGAACUUGAUCAGGUUAAAAAGAUAAACCAGGAGCUGCAGACAGAGAAGAAAAACCUCACAGAGCAAAUAGAAAGCAUGAAGAAAACCUGGAAUGAGCAGAACGUCAGUCGAGCUCAGUGGAGCCUUGAUGAAUACUGUCGCAAAGACAGAAACAGACAGUGUAAUUCUUGUCAGAAAGAUUGGCUUCAGUCUCAGUCCAGCUGCUAUGUAGUUAAUGAUGCUGAACCUAAGAAUCAGAAAACCUGGGAAGAAGCACGAGAAACUUGCAGAGAAAAGAGUUCAGAUCUGGCUGUUGUUGGUAAUGAAGUAGAAAAGACGUUUCUUAAAGAGAAAAGUUGGGUUAACAGCAACAUUAAUGGAUACUGGAUUGGUCUCGGAGCAGAAGGAGGGAGAUGGAAAUGGAUCGAUGGAAGUGAUCUGACCAAUCAAACCUGGAUACAGCAGCAGCCUGCAAUUGAUGGUCAAUGUGUAACUUCUCUCCAGAACCGAGAAUGGAAGUCAGUGAGAUGUACUGACAAGAACGCCUGGAUCUGUGAGAAGAAGGCUUUAUCUGUUUAAAAUGAAAUAUUCAGACUUCUAAAGGUUAUUUGGAAAACCUAAAUGUAAAUUAAAAUUUCGCUUACGUUUUUCACAAGAGAUAAACUAUAGUUUGUUAUUAACCAUAGCAAUAAAAAUUAUAUAAUGAUAAUUUAUGCAUUAACUGAAGUAAUUAAAGCUGUAAAUUUGCUAUCUGGGCGUUUCCCAGCUGGCGUCGUCCUCAGAGUAAAUAAUCAUCACUCUGAGGACGACACCAG